UGCUGCUGCUUUGCUUGCCCUCACAAUCGUCGUCGUCGUCGUCGUUGAGUAGGGUCGACGACAAUCAGAGCGCACGGCCGUAGAGUAGUGGUAAUGGUGAUGGUAGUGACGACGGGGCGAUAACGGCGACAGCGAGCCAGCACCAGUCAGUCAGUCAACCAGCCACCCAGCAGCAGCAACAAACGGACAGCACUACCACACGAAUACAACAGGCGGACAGAUACCAACGGGGAAGGAGAGCAACUAAGUGAGAGGAGAAAGCCCGCGAACGAACAGGCCAGUCCUCGGCUCAGUGAGGCACGCAGGCACAAAGACAGGCAGGAAUACCAGCAUCAGCAGCCAGCCAGCAGCUAGACUGCUAUCUGCAUGUGUGUGUAGCUGGCAUGAGAGCUGUAGCGCAAAGGGCUUCUUCUAGUGCUCCAGCUACAACUACUAGUGGGGCUCCUGCUGCGACUGCUACAGCAGAAGGGAGCAGCAAAGAGCUAGGCUCACUAAGGCAAUUGUAAUCGUGUAGUGUUGUAAUAGUCUGGCAGGGAGGCAAACAGGCAGAGCCAGCCGAAGCCAGGCCAACAAUAAAACGGAGCAGACACAGUUUCUUUCUCCGCUCACCCCUGCAACGGCAGAAACAGCGAGUUCAGGCUGCUGCUACUGCUGCUGCUACUGGAGAAUCUAACGACGAAAACAGACGCCAGAGGGAGCUCCCAUCGAUGAGAGUUCGCUGUGCCGCCGCCGUCGCCGUCGUCGUCGUCGUCGUCGCAACGCGAAAACCGCUCCGCUCAACGAUAGCUGAGCUAUUGACUACCCGUUGCUAUGGUAACGCCAUGCUGAGCUGGAACGGGAAAGAUCGGUGUCGGUCGGUCGGUCGGUCGGUCGGUGGCUCGGUCGGUGGCUCGCUUGUUCGUUCGGCGGCUACCGAUGCUAAUAGUGGAGAUGGCGCGCAAAAGGAAAAGACAACCACACAUUUGCCAGAUAGACGCUAUGAGUCGCAGCAGCAACAGCAGCAUACCCUCUAUUCACAAUAGGCACAACAAACAGCAACGCCGUCUCAGCUGCAGCCGCUGUCGAUGCCAACUCCACAACACCACGAUGAUGGGUUGAAUGGCGCCAGUAGCAGCGGCAGUAAUAGCAACCGCAGCGCCACGAGGCCCACGGCCGAAACGCAGAAUAUCGUAGACGAACGAAUGGAUUGCUCGAAGUUUAAUGGCGACUCUACCCGGGCCAUGAUGCCGCCAGGCGGCCACUCUAUUCUAGGGGUGUUUGUGCUGGGGAUGCUGAGUUGUCUCCGACGAACGCUUGUGUGUGUGUGUAUACGAUAGCAGUAACCCUCCGCUGCGUGUCGAUGCAGUGCCGUGUGGCGUCGUCGUUGCUGGCUCACGCCGACCGCCAUAACCACAUCGUCAAUAUUUCGUUGUGAGCAUCUGCGGAGAGAAACUAAGCCGGUUGCCAACGAGCCGCCAGCAAAUGAACGAGCGGAGGGAGGGCGCAAACAGUAAGUCGUCAGUUGGACGCGAGAGGCCGUCUAGAGCGUAUCGAAGAGUGCUAUUUUGCCUAAAAGUUGCUUCGCUCGGAUUUCGGUGCUGGUUGGUUUUGUCUGUUCUAUGAUGACGAUACCAUCCGAUAGUUGGAUGUCCAACGGCGAUCGACAUCACUUGAAUCCCUGGGAAUCCAAUAGUUCAAUCCAUAGUGCUUAUUUGAAAACAAAUUUCUGCUCUAGGUUAUUAUAGGAUUUGAGCCGUCGACUUCGACCGUGUUUCGUUUAUUUAUUACCUUCAAGGUUCGACGGCAGAAUCCGGCCACUGGGAACAGCAGAUGUUGUCGUCGCCGUCGUUCCGUGAAAAGGCAUCUCUUUGUUUCGCGCAGUGUUGGAUAGUGGUAAGCUACUGUGUGUUGCCGUCGCUGCGGUCAGUGACGCUGCGUUCGUGGCAGUUUCUUCACUUUUCUGGCUAUAUACCUAUCAAAAUAGUAACUGUAACUACGCGUUACGUAGCGCUGGCUGUGGACUCCGCUGCCUACGUAUAAUCUAAUGGAAUUAAUUGCCGUAAAUUACAAUAUUAGUGCAUAAUAGCCAUUGUUAAUAUGAAACUAAAUAAAUGUUUUCACGUGAUCAGUGUAGAUAUAUACAUAUAGUGAUAGGCGUAUACAGAACUGAUAAGCAUUUACCUUUAUUAUGAAGUACUUAUUCUAUUAUUAUCAAACCUGUUUUUCUUCUACCUGCUUUAGUCUCCGUCGCAGUUUAUAUGGAGACUGAAAUUUUGUAUUGUUAGUGAAAAAGCGUGGUCUGCGUCUUGCAGUGAUCUUCUUUCGUACGCGCACAUUUUCUCUUCCAGCUGUGACAAAGGAAAAAAAUUAAAUAUAGUCGUGAUAUCUUGUGCUGCUUAUUGUGUGUGUAAGUGAGUGAUGAGAAAGAUGGCCAAAUGACGCGAUCAACAUCGGGCACGAUUUAACGUUCUAGCAAGACUGAAAUUUUUGUGGCAUCGUAAGCUUUAUCUGUGCAAAUUGUACCUGGCUGUAGUAUCGACUAGUCAAAGCAUAGUAAUAAAAAAUAGUAAAAAUGAAAAAAAAAUCAAACACUGCUGUUAACUUCAUGGUUGAUUAAGGAUGGCUAAUUGACUAAAUGUAAGUGCACUUCAAUGGGGUGAUUCUACGAUUGUGACUUGUGACUUCCAUGUGUAGCAUUCGGAUGUGAUAAUCAUAUGAUGACUUGUUCGCUUCAUUACCCUAGUGAUAUACUAACCUUUGAGCUAAAUAAAAUCAGCAUUGACCGCCCCAAGUAUCACAGAUAUCAUUAUUCAGUUGGCUUUAUUAUAUUGCGUGUGAGGGCGUAAAGCUACUAUAGAGAAUUACAGUUGUUUUAUUACCUUUUGCCACCCAUGUCUUUACGAGAUGGCCAACUCUUACGUUGAAGCAUCUACUCGGAGGUGGCUUGGCUAUACGAAAUUUUGAUAAUCGCCAAACCGCAGAGUGGUGGUUCUGAAAAUCAACGAAAAUCUUUGCUUGAAUAGCCCAGGAAUAGGAUAUCGAGAUGCUCAGCCUUGCAAACGACCCAACCAGUGAAAAGGAUACGAAGUGUAACUCAGUGACGGAUGCGGCAAAGUUUAGUGAGUGCGCAAAUAAAAAAAAUAACACGCGAAGCUGUUCAAGUAGUGUCCAAGGUAGCGGCCACGCUCAGAGUAGCAGCAGCAAUACUAGAUACAAUAGACUAGCAAGAGGUAUGAAAAGAAACCAGGUAAGUUGUCGAAAGAACGACUCAGGAAAGGAUCAAGACAGUAGCUCUUCAAGCAUUGGAACUAACGCUUCAAACUCGUCCACUAAGGCCAAUCCUAAGGACAAACGCUUUGAUGCUCCAGUCCUCCAAAAAAUAUUGGAUGCUCAAUGCAGUGAGUUCUUCUGUAUCGGGUACCAACAAGAUCGGCGAAAGACCGCCUGGACGAAUAUAGCGAUAGUUUUCACACUGGGUCUGCUCCGUCUCGUAUUUCAUUGGGAGCCAUACAGAUAUCUACAAUGUACACACAGACGCUGCAGUUUAUCACGGGCCACUUCCGUUGUGAUUAUUGAUAGGUUCGACCAGCUUUUCAUCGAACGCGUCAAAGUGGCUACUCUUAAAAAUAUUAGAAUAAGGAGGUACUUCAGACGAUCGGCUAAGAGCAGGAGAGCGCUCAAGCGUGAAGUGGGUCGAAUUACACAUCUCACAAUUUUGGAACCCAAGGGUGUGCUACGACCCGUUAAAGAACUUCGCUAUUUCAUCAAUAAGAAGAUUAGAUACGUGUGGAAUACAGAUUUACAGCGAUUUAGGCCACUUCACGGACUCGACCACAACAUUGAAUGCUCAUACUUUCAACGCUGUCAGCCUCUGACAACAAAAGAGGCAGUCAGACGCCGUGUUCUGUUUGGCAAUAAUGUUUUACAUGUCGAGGCCAGGACCAAAACAGCGAUUUUCCGAACAGAGAUUUUGGAAUACGUGUACUUUCUUCAGGUGCUCGCCAUCUUUUACUGGUUCAUCUCGGAAGAGUAUUUCUAUUAUCCGCUAUCGAUUGCUAUUUUGCUGGUAGUUUCGCUCGUCACUGAUAUAAGGGAGGUGCACGGCAAUCAACUACAAUUAGCAAAAUCGGCUGGUCCGAAGGAGCGUGUAUUUGUAGCAGUUAAACGUCAGAAGGAUUCAGGCGUGUUUCUCGACAAAGUACCUAGCGAAGAACUUGUGCCUGGUGAAGUGAUCAUUAUUCCUCGUCACGAGAGCCAGAUGGUUGCAGAUGCUGUUAUCAUCGAGGGCAGCUGCGUUGUAAAUGAGGCUGGCCUAACAGGCGAAAGCGUGCCAGUGGUGAAGACAUCUAUCAAAGCUUGCAUAGGCCGCAACAUACUCUACAAUUCUGAGAGGCAUUCCAGAUGUACCCUAUUAAGCGGAACGGAUAUCAUGCAGACGAGGAGCAGCAGAAACGUCGAGGCAAUGGUGAUUCGCACAGGAUUCUCGACUGAAAAAGGCAAGCUUCUCGGUGCAAUGAUUUACCCUAAGCCUGUCGACUUCCAGCUCGCCCGAGAUGUUGACAAUCUACUGAAAUGUCUCCUGCCAAUUGCAGCAGUCGCAUUUUUAGGGCUAAUGACCUAUAAGCGAGUGUUCCAAAAUAAUUACUUUGCACUGGACUUCAAAACUUCGUUCGACAUAAUUAGCCUUGCAAUGCCUCCAGGUCUCCCGGCUGCCAUGAGUAUUGCUGGUCGCGUUCCCGCCCAGCAGAGACUCUCCGAGGCACAAAUAUUCUGCACUUCACCGAAACAUAUCACAAUCGGCGGUUGUAUCACCUGUUUUUGUUUUGACAAGACAGGAACGCUAACUGAAACAGACCUCAACCUUUGGGGGGUCUUCGCCUUCGAUCGACCGGAGCCGAUAAAGGAUCCAUCGACUCUUCCAUUUGACCAUGCUAUGCGUGUCGCCAUGGCCAGCUGUCACGCUCUUACGAGGUCCUACGAUAAGCUACUGGGCGACCCGAUGGACGUGAAAAUAUUUGAAGCAACACGUUAUGUGUUCGACGACUGCAAUUUGUAUAGUCCGUAUGGUUACUAUGCAAAUGAGCGGAUCAUAGUAAGACCAAUGUUCCAGGAAGCGAGUAACCAACACGGGGCAACCGACGACACAAAGAAAGGACCCCCGUUCAUUCAGCGAAGCCGCCCUUUCGAGAUUGGCAUACUUUACGUUUAUCCAUUUUCUUCUGCUCUGCAGCGAAUGUCUGUACUCACGAUAGUAGACAACAGCACCAAUUUGACUGUCUUUGCUAAAGGAGCACCUGAGACUCUAGCCAAUUUGUGUGUAAAGGAAUCCAUUCCAAAAGACUUUAAAAAGAAGCUCACCAUUUUCGCCAAGGAAGGCUAUCGCGUAAUCGCCGUCGCUACCAAAGAGCUGCCAUCAAACAUCAAUAAUCAAAAUUUGAAAAACCUCUCGCGGCAGGAGAUUGAAUCGCAGUUAACUAUGCUAGGGUUCAUAAUAAUGGAAAAUCGACUAAGGAGACAAACAAAACCUGUGCUCAAAAAGCUAAAGGAAGCCAAUAUCCGGCCGAUAAUGGUGACGGGUGACAAUUUACUAACGGCCUUAACUGUAGCUCGUGAGUGCGGCAUGAUCGAAUCUACCGAGCCUAUUAUCCGGAUUGAGUUAGACGACAGCGGUACAGACAUCUACUGGGCGUAUUACGACAUUCAAGAUCACGUGGAAGCCGUUGCGUUCACAGGCAAUGUACCGAAAGACCAAGAAUAUCAACAAGCUUCAUCAGCCAAAUCGGAGUAUUGGAAAGGUGUAGAAAAACAUCCCCAAAGAAUCUUCAAGAUAUUACCAAAUGAAGACAAAGAAAUACGGAUUUCGUAUACCGGGAACUUUCAAAUCGUGACAACCGGAAAUGCACUGGCCAUAAUACGUCGACGUUACCCGAAGAUUCUUCAUAAAGUGAUCGUCCGCGGAAUCGUCUUCGCCCGUAUGACCCCUGAUUCGAAGACUCAUUUUGUUGAAGAUCUGCAGGCGGUGGGCCAUUGCGUUGGAUUUUGCGGUGAUGGCUUGAAUGACUGCGGCGCGCUAAAAGGCGCAAAUAUUGGGAUUGCUCUCCUGGGUUCCGAAGCUUCAAUAUAUUCCCCCUUCACGUCUACAUCUAGUGAUAUAAGUUGCAUUAUCAAGUUAAUCAGUGAGUGUCGGGCCGCUCUUGUAACGUCAUGUGCAACGCUCAGAUUUAUGGCAUGCUACGCUUUUCUUCAAGGCACGGCUAUAGUCAUCGUUGAAAUAGUUGGCGUUCAGUUUACAGACCUAGAGUUCGUUUUCAUCGACAUUUGCCUAUCAAUGGGUACGAUGACGUUUUUUGGAUUGACUCAUCCAAGUGCUACGCUAGCGAAAACUCCUCCGGCAAAGUCAGCGAUCGGCCUCGUGUCCGUGAUAUCAAUCGUAGUCCACACUGUGAUUUCGGUCUCGACUCAGGUUAUCUUUGUAUUUUUUUUGUGGGACGACGACGGUAAUUGGUACGUGUCUCAACCGAAACCAACCCAUGAGCAUACGGAUGGCACAGGCAAUCUCGUCAACGGGAGCGUGAUGCAAACGUCUCAUCAGCUGGAACCAACUGAGAGGCCUCAAGCAUUAAAGCACUACAUUGUGUUUGUCGUCAAUGUAUUCCAAUACAUCGCACUCGCCGUCGGCUUUUCCGUUGGUGCCCCCCAUCGGCGAGCGCUGAUCACAAACUAUUAUCUGGUGGCCUAUCUAAUAGGAAUUUCUUUGGUGUGCACGUACCUAGCUCUUCAAACGGCCGGUUAUUUAUUAGAUCUCGGCUAUCUACCUAUGCAGCCGACAGAAAGACUACUUCUUGUAAUACUGGGAUACGGCCAAAUCACGGUCUCAUAUAUUGUUGAGAACCUGAUUAUGACCUAUUUGUCUCCCCUAAUUAGCGAGCGAGAUGACCGCCUACAUCCUCCAGAAUUUACACGACUUUAUCGAGAGCUCCAGGGCCAGGAUCCCUCUUCUUGGCUGCCGAAACAACAAAGGCGUUCGGAAGACGAUGACUCAUCGCCACCAAGAUCGAACUCGUCGAAGCAAGACCAGUGCCCACCAGUUAGACCGUCAAUUAUCAACACUAUUGACCCCUGCCUAUCUCGGUAGCGACCUUGCUAUCAGCCGUGUGUAACGCUGACUAAAAUGGUUUUGUCGUUGGCUAUCGGAACUCCA